AUGAACAGUGUAUUGGACAGCUUCAACACACCAGAUACUGUCCAGUUGUAUGUUGGUGGCACUGCUGACCGACUCCAAUUACUACAAGUGCUUCAACGAGACAACGACGCACUCGCCCUUGUAACCGAAGAGGCCGCUCGUGCACGUUUGGAGCAACUAUAUCUUGAGAUAGAGCCAGAGACUCCGGAUAUGGAGGAGAUACUUGACGAGCAAUGGGAGCAAAACGAACAAUUACAACAGCACAAUAAUCCUGGGGAGGUGGCCAUGUUCAAAUUAUUACAUCAAUCUAAACUGUUGGGUGAACAACGAGUUGUACAAGAUAGGCAUUACAUGAUGUUGAUGAUACUCAAGAUGAACAUUGAGAAGGAGAUGGCGCAGCAAAUACCACCAAUGAUACUCAAGUGUUGUCCUGAGACCUAUCAAUCAUCAGAUCAGAUCAAGACAGUCACGCUCAGUCAUUGCUUUGAUCAACGCAUUGGAAAGUACUUUGCAGCCAAGUUCCCAUCACUGACAACGUUGAUCUGUGGCAUUCGAUUCAAUCAUCCAAUUGAUCAAUACUCACUGCCAUACUCUCUCACUUCGCUCACUUUUGGAGAGCUGUUCAAUUUACCUCUUGCCGACAAUGUUUGGCUCCCUCCAUCAUUGCUGACUUUGAGGUUUGGUUACUGUUUCAACCAACCAGUGGAGCCAGGUUACCUCCCUUCAUCACUUACCGAGUUGGAGUUUGGAGAGAUGUUCAACCAAGAGAUCGAGCCCAUGACUUUGCCCAAGUCUCUUCUCACAUUGAGGUUCAACUUCUACUUCAAUCAACCCAUCAAAUCAGACACUUUGCCUGUAUCAUUGACGGCGCUUGUGAACAUCAAUCAAUCACCAAUUUGA